AUGGCAAGGUUGCAAGGGGUCGUCACGACCAAGCCCAUGCCCUGGAACCGGCAGCAGGCGUCAGCAACACGCGAUGUUUCAGGCGUUCCCUCAGAAUUCCAGACCCGCGGCCUGGAGCUCUUCUUCCAAGCGGCCCGUGUCCACAAAGCGCACGGCCCGCAUGCCGUGACCCCGUGCCGCCUGGGCAUUGACCUCCCGGUCAUCCACCAGAAGGAGGUCUGCCGGCAGGACCCCCAGAUGCAGGGCGGCUGCCUGGAAGGCGGCGGGGUCGGGCUUGCGCAGGCCGCGCAUGGGCCCCUCGCAGCUGAGGAAGGUCCAGGGCAGCAGGUCGCCGAGGCGGAGGCGUGCUUCAACCUCCCGCCACCAGGUCGGGUAAUUGCUGCAGGCGUGCAGCUCGUAGCCGGCGGCGGCCAGACGCUGCAGCAGCUCGGCCAUCCCUGGGAGCAGGCUGUACCGGGAGGCCUGCGAUAG